AUGAACAUUCAGGUAACGAUCGGAGCCAAAACUCAGUCGGCAUUUGACAAUUCGAUAAUUGGUACGUCCCCCCUCUUUCUCGUCAUAUUUCUUUUGUUUUCUCAGGUCAACCGUACAUUUCCUGCCAGAGAGACAGAAUCAUAAUAGAAGUGAUCACCGAACGAUUGUUCACCGGAAAAGUGUUUGUGAAAGGAGAUUACGCGAAUACACAAUGUACACGAACGUUCCGAAAUGGAGCAGUGGUCAGUGACAGUGAGAAAAGAACGACCGAUGAGAGAAUCUUCCCGGGAACCGUGACAAAGUCACGGGAACCGUAUGUGGAGGAUCAAAAGAAGACUACGAAGACCACGACAGAUCUGGAAGUGGAGAAAAGUUCGAGUUCUGGAUCUGGAUCGAAUCUGAAAUCUGUGCAACCAGAUGAUCUUUCCGGAAACUUCGGGAUUCAUUCAAUUCAUUCCACGCCAGACGUCGCAGAAGGUUUCAUAUCGCAUCCAAAAAACGGAUCCUCUGCUCCUGAUUCUGAUUCUAAUUCCCUGGAGUCACCGGAAGAAUGGAAAGGCGUCGGAGGAGUAGCCAAUGCGGGUGGCCAAGCGGUGUUUGGAGGAAUACGUGGGGAAGAGCUGCGAGUGUUUGAAAAGUCUUCAUCAUCUUCAUCGUUAACUCCUCGCAGCAGAAGUGGUACCAUCACUAAAUUGUAACGGGAUUUUCUUACUUCUUCAACAUCAUCUUAUUGUUCAGACCUCCCUCGGCUCAAUGUGCCCCAACCACUUGUGCUCCGUGCAUCUGCGAAGAGAAGAGAUCCCGACGUGCGACCAAUUCGAUCCGUCUGGAAGUUCCUCUCAAUUCGUGCAACUCCAAAAGAGAUCGAAAGGUAAACCUUUUCCCUUCAUUUCUUUCGUUUUUCUUAAAAUUCGCGCAUCGCAUAGUUGGCGCAUGUGCCAAUUAUGUGGAUUCUCCCGUGGAUCCCUCUCACUUCAUCCGGUUUUUUCUUGUCGUCGGCAUGCGUUUCAACGCAAGGAUAACCAGAGAUUGAACCACUAGAGAGUACUUUCAAGGCCGCCUUGUCUUCGGCGGAUCCUCUUUUCCCGGCGGGUCAACUUUCCAUUCCAUUUUUCAGCUGAAUCCUCCGUCUGUCGUCGUUUCCCUCGUCGCCGUCGUCUCCUUCCACGACAGUUUCAUCACGAAGCUUGACAAGGCGUAUCACAUCCAAUGCGCGUACGCAGAAGCCGAGAAGACUGUGAGCACGGAUUUGGAUGUCAAGUGAGAAUCAUAUUUGGGAGGUCUGAGGGAAUAAGAUGAUAUUUCAGUAUGUCGGAUGAGCAAGAACUGAAUGCAACAGUCGAACCGCCCACUUGUGACUAUCUCAUCUCUGACCAACGGGGAGUUUCCGUUCAAAACAGUAUCGUUGGCGACCUGGUGCGCCAUCAUUGGACCUGUAAAGGCGGAAAUGCGAGUAAGCUGAAAAUGCUCGUGCAUCAGUGCUACGUCAAAGACGGAGCAGAUCAACAGUAUCCGGUCAUCGAUGAACACGGAUGUACUGUCGAUCCGUACGCCCUUCAGACUCCGACGUAUUCGGAGGAUGGAAUGAGCGCUCAGGUGGACGCCUACGUACUCAAGUAUCCCGAUCGAUCGACAGUCGACUUCCGAUGCACAAUCACUUUCUGUUCGAUCGAAGAUGCAGAGUGUCAAGUGAUGACGGUAAAUAGAGUUGAACGAGCAGAUCACGUGAUGUCAAUUCCCCUUUUCAGCCACCUAGAUGUGACCUGAACAACAACUUGAGAAGGAAAAGAAAUACGCUCCCGCACGGAGUUUCUUCGAUGUCUCUUCAUGCGAAUAGCCUCACCGUCUUCGAUAUUGACUCUUCGAAGAGUUCCGACUCCAGCCAACUGCUGCCGACGCCCUCUUCACUGCGUUCAUGGGAAGAGCUUGAGCGGAAGUUCUGUGUCUCCGUCGCCAGUUUCGGAAUCCUCAUCUCUGCCUCCACCUUCUUCGCAACUAUCUGCCUCGCCGUCAUCUUCAGCUACUUCUUCCUCCGUUUCAAUCACAAAUUCUCACUGGAUAACUGA